AUGACCGAAUCGGAGCCCCUCUUAGGCGAGAUUGGUGGCACGGACGCCACUAACCGCCGCCGCCACCACAAGCUCGCAUGGUACCAGUGGGCGUUCAUCGUGCCCCUGGUGGUGGCCUUAGUGCUUGCCGGAUUGCUUAUUACCCAAAACAACCAGCACGCUGUCCCCAUUCCCCCCGUGGACGUCAGGGGGAAGAAAAACGUGAUUAUGAUGGUCACCGACGGGAUGGGCCCGGCGCUGUUAUCGUUAGCCCGCAGUUUCCGUCAACAUAGGGACAAUUUGCCGUUGAAUGAUACGUUAGUCCUUGACCGUUACUUGGUGGGCCUGCUGCGGACGAGACUGCUGCUGCUGUUGGUCACUGAUCUGGCUGCUGGCGCUACCGCGUUCCUGUGUGCUUUGAAGCUGUAUAAUGGCGCUAUCGGCGUGCUGCCUGAUGGUAAACCCUGUGGUACGGUGUUGGAAGCGCUUAAGCUUCAAGGGUACUUGACUGGUUUAGUGGUGACUACUCGCGUUACUGAUGCUACUCCGGGGGCGUUUCUGGCUCAUGUCGACUACAGAUGGCAAGAGGACCAGAUUGCCGAACAACAGUUGAACCAGCCUGGUCUUGGUCGUAUGGUGGACUUGAUUAUUGGCGGGGGACGCUGCUUUUAUACUCCUAAGGGCAAAGGUGGUUGUCGUUCGGAUGAGCGUGAUUUGGUGGCUGAAGCUCAACAACAGGGGUGGACCUACUUCAGUGACGUCAAAGGGUAUGAGGAAAUCGCUAAAAAUAAGCUGGUGCCGCUCCCGCUUCUUGGGCUUGUCGCCAAGGGGGAUAUCCCCUUUGACAUCGACCGCGACCCCAAACUGCACCCGCUGUUAAAGCAGCAGGCGCAGUUGGCGCUUAGAGCGCUUAGCGACGCCACCAAGGACUCCGACCAAGGGUUUUUCCUCUUGAUUGAAGGGCUGCGCAUCGACCACGCCGGCCACCAAAACGACCCCGCCGCUCAAGUGAGGGAAGUGUUGGCCUACGACGAGGCGUUCCAGGCGGUGAUUGACUUUGUUGACAAUCUGGACGUGGAAACCGUCGUGAUUCUGACCCUGGACCACGAGACUGGCGGUCUAGUCACCGCCCGCCAAAUCUCGGCGGAGUACCCUAAUUACGCGUGGUACCCUCAGGUGCUUGUUGACGCUCAAAAGUCAGGUGAAUAUGUCGCUCAGGUAUUGCAGAAUCUGUUUGGCGCUGCUGAAAUGCCCUUAGAAGCCGCCGGCAAGGAGAAGUUGCGCAAACAGGUCCAGCGCCACUUGGGGGUCGACGACUUGACCAACGGCGAAGUGAAACUGAUCGAACAGGCGUUGAACCUGCCCCAGUUGGUGUACGUGCUCAACAACAUUGUCAGCGUGCGCCUGGAGACCGGGUGGACCACCCACGGCCACCUGGCCGUCGACGUCAACAUCUACGCCCACACCAACCUGCCGUCGCUCAACCACGCGUUGGAUGCGUUGAGAGGCAACCACGAGAACAUCGAGAUCGGCGCGUUCAUGGAGGCGGUCACCGGGUCCGAUUUGGCGGCGAUUACGGAACAGGUUAAACACGCCGACCACAAACCGCGCCGCCGCCGCGGCACCACCGUCGACGCCUUCCACCAGGCGAUUGCCGGCCCCAACUAA